UUCUCUCUUAGCCCUCUAAACAGCGUCGUUUCAUCUCGCCACUCUUUAACGACAGUCAGUUAUGUCUCCGUCAACGGCGGCGACUUUCCUCGGCCCCAUUUUAGCGUUUGACGCCGCCGUCUCUACCGCAAUUCACACGGCGGCGAAGCCGUUCCUCCCGCCAUUCAUCCUCAUUCUCCUGGAGAUCUCCGCCGACUUCCGAUUCUCCUUCCCGGUCUCCCUAUCCCUCCUCCUCUCCCCUCCACUGCGCCAUUUCCUCGUCCCCUUCCUCCUCGGCCUCCUCCUCGAUCUGAUCUUCGUCGGGAUCGUCAAGCUGAUCUUCCGCCGCGCCCGUCCCGCUUACAAUCACCCCUCGAUGUCCGCGGCGGUCUCGGCCGAUCACUACUCGUUUCCCUCGGGCCACGCGUCACGCGUCUUCUUCGUCGCCGCGUCGGUUCACUUCUUUACUCGUUCGUCGUCUCAAAUGGCUUCUCCGAGGAGCGAGACGUUCUUAGACGGGUGGGUGAGGGAUGGUGGAGAGGGAGUUGUGAAAGGAGAGGUUUUGGUGGGGGUGUGGAUCUGGGCUACGGUGACAGCUGUGUCGAGGAUUCUGUUGGGGAGGCAUUACGUGCUCGACGUUGCUGCUGGUGCUUGCUUGGGUGUUCUAGAAGCUCUCUUUGCUCUUCGGUUUCUGAGGUUCGAACAGGUCUUAGAGUGGUAAGAACAAUGUUUAUUGUUAUUGAUGUAAUGGUUUGCGACAUCAAUUGGAUUUUUAUUCGAUUACAUUGUCAAAACAAUGGUUCAGUUUAUGUUUCGUGAAUUCAAAGUUUGUGUUUUUUUUUUGGUUUUACUACAUGCUCUUGUAUGAAAUGAAAUAUUGUGUUAAAUGAAAAUACUUGUUCGUUGUG